AUGGCUCCAAAGCGACAUGGUUCAAGAAAAAAUAAAUGCAUUAGUUGCAGAAAGUUGAAAAUCAAGUGCAAUGAAGCGAGACCAAUUUGCGAAUACUGUGAUCACACGAAUCGUCAAUGCGUAUAUGAGGACGAUUCUCCUUCAUCAGACUCUGGUUCUGACACCUCCGAAGCUGUGAUUUGGAUGAAACAGGGCCUGUUGAAUGCCCUUAGUCGGCACCUUGGAAUCACCUCAUUUGAGUUCCAAUUGCUACGAUACUUUGACGAAAUCGUAGUACCAAAAAAAAUCAAAGAUGCCUCUGCGCAACGGCUCUGGCUGGUCCAAGUGCCCCAACUUUUCCAGGGCUCGCCCUUGGUUCGUAAUAGCUUGCUUUCACUCAGUGCUGUGAGCGUACGAGGUCUUUGUGACUUAACAAGUUGGGUGGAAGUGGCAGAAGUGGACGAAGAAGCGCGAGGAAUGGCAUUAUCGGCGAUGAGCGAAACUCCCAAUUCUCGACAAAAUUUGAUCGAAUUGAUCGAUAUGUACUACAUGAGCACUAUAAAGCAUAUGAGUGCACGAAUGGCCGAACUUUCAACUGGCGUUAGAAAAAUCGCUACCGUUGAAGAGGCGGCAGAACUCACGUUUUCCGGUUCCAUGUUCUUCACAUUCCUAGCAUUACAGUCCAAUAAUCUCUUGCCGUUGCUAAGCUUUGAUCCUGCCCAGCCAGACCUCAUUUCCAUCUGUCAGGGCGUGAAGGAAACAUUGAUGAUGUGCUACCCAAUGCUUCUCGGCACUUCAUAUUCGGCCUUGUUCCAAAGUAAAGAUUUUCCAAACAUACCAGAGACCACCACGAAAUACCCGUUUGUGGAAUACUUGAUCGACUACGUUCUGCAACUACACAGCGACGGAGAUGUGACCGAAACCCAACUAAAACACUACACCAAUUCAUUGCGAAUGUUGGAGCUUCUCUUCACUGCUUCUGUCGCACACAAGUCAAGCAUGAUUCUUUAUCGAUGGGUUUUUUUGAUUGACAGUGAAGUCUACGACUAUAUACGCCAUGAAAAUGCGUACUUUGGCUUCAAGCUACUCUACGCUUACUGCUGCUUGAAUAUUUUUUGCAAGUUUUACACCAGCCGCAGGGCCAAUAUGUGGCUCGAUUAUAUCGAGUGGUACAAAUUGUACAGUAUGAAAAAUGGGUUCUGGCGAGACGACUUUGACGAGAAUCUCUACCGCAUGGUGUACGCCAACUUUUUGUUCAACAGCGGAGACCUAAGUAUCUUGAAUAGGUUUCUACCAUGA